GCCCCGUGCACAUGUUGUUUCCUUGGAUCAAGAUCGAUUCUCUUGAGGCCGUUUUGCCUGCACAUGUUUUUCUUUUUUCUUUUCCAAUUAGCACAUGUGUUCUAUCUAUUCCUAUGUUGUCAAGGCAAUUUCUUCUGUGGCUUCCGUGGGUAGUUUCAGCUAGAUCGUCCCGAACUCCCAGAUGCCUAUAGCCAGAACAUAUAUGGUUCGAAAAAGGAAGAAAAAAAAUGACAGGCGUAUGCUGCCCAAAAAUAAGCGCUCCCAAGAUAUUGGUGGCACGCCACAGUUCAAGGUGGCCAACCAAACGUUGGUGGCCAGAAAGAAAAAGACCGUCUCUGUUUUGCUCUCUUUGCUGGCUGCUAUCCACGUUGGGGUCUCGAAUUCACCUUGGAUUUCGUAGCGUAGAACAAAGGCUCCGUCCGUCCGUCAAGCAUCCUCUGUCGCAGGAUGAUCUAAUAGCUGUUAGUUCUUGGUAGCAUCGAUCACAUCAAGAAGGAUUCAAAGGAAAAAAGUGCAAUUGAAAUAAAGUUUCACCACACGAAACCUAAGCGAGAAGCCGAUGGCAAGCACUGAUGAUCCGAAGAACGAGCCGUCGUCCCCUUGGUCCAUUUUUAAUUGGAAUAACAAAGCAGAGCCGGAGGUCGAGCAACCCAGAAUGAGAAGCACCCAAGAGAUCCUCACAAAAUAUAAAUUCAACGGGGAUGCUGCCGCGGCAGCGGCGCACGCGAAGGAUAAGCUCAUGGAGCGGCAGGAGAAACUCGCGAAAAUGGUCGAAGAAUCUGCAGAGUUUGAGAGCGAGGCGGAAAACUUUGCCACCCUCGGCCAGCAGGUCAGGAAAUCCCUGGAGACCAAGAGAUGGUGGUGGCCAUCGUGAUUCAUAAACCAAUCGUCCGGUCAUCAAGCGAUGUGAUGUGAUGUAGUGUAAAAAACGCUUCUUAUAUUAUGGGACGGAGGGAGUAAUACCAAUGUGUUUAGCGUGCCUGGCUGCUGCACUGGUCUGCGCAUGCUAAAUGAAACGAGAGCAAGACGUUGCCUUUUAGCAACAAGUGGGAAUGAUUGUGGACGGAUACAUGUAUCUACUCUACUUAGUUUUAAUUAAUCAUGUGAUGGUGAUGGCUGACGACCGUGCGAUGAACUUCUCACCCGCCAGCACCAUACAUGUAACUAGCUCUUAUCGUG